AUGGCGACAUUCUGCAUGCAGACCUUGGGCUGCGAAGUGUCCGCAAUUCAUACCGUGAACUACAGUAACCACGUCGGCUACCGCACCUUCACCGGCCGCAAAACUACCCCCGAAGAAGUCGCCGACCUCUACGCCGGCCUCAAGACCGCCCGUCUCGAUCACUUCGACAUGAUGCUGAGUGGCUACUGUCCUACCGCCGCCACGGUCGAACAAGUCGGUAAGAUUGGCAGAGACGCGAAAUUCCGAGCGUCGACGAAGCCAGGCUCGUUCUUCUGGGUGUUGGACCCGGUUAUGGGAGAUAAUGGGAGGUUGUAUGUCGCGGAAGAGACGGUGCCGGCGUAUAAGGGAUUGUUGCAGAGUGCAGAUUUGAUCUUGCCGAAUCAAUUUGAGGUGGAGGUCUUGAGCGGGGUGAAGAUAACGGGGUUGGGGAGUAUGGAAGAGGCGGUCAGAAAGUUACACCAGGAGUACACUCUGCCGCACGUUUUGAUCACGUCGAUACGGCUGCCUACAACACCUGGCAGCGACCGCGAUAAUGACAAAGCAGAGCUAUCCCUCAUCGGAUCAACCGCGACCUCGGACAACAGGCCGCGCCUCUUUCGAGUUACGGUCCCGGCCCUGCCUGUCUUCUUCUCCGGCACGGGAGACAUGUUCGCCGCAUUGCUCGUCGCGCGACUCCGGCAGGCCGCGGCACAAGCGGGCCUCCUCGAGAUAGCCAGUUGGCGGAGUCCAGACGAUGUUGCUGCACAGGAUCUCCCACUCGCGAAGGCGACGGAGAUGGUUCUGGCUAGUAUGCAUGCUGUGUUGAAGGACACGGCGGCGCAUUAUGAACGUGUCAAGAAGGGAUUGGACGAGGAGACGGAGCUCAAUGAAGGGAAGGGAGAGGAGGGGGCGAAGGAGAGGGAGAUGGAGAGACAUUUGAGGCUGACCAGGGCGGCGGAGGUGAGGGUUGUGAGGAAUGCGAGGGCGUUGAGGGAGCCGCUGGAUCUCGGGGACUUCAAGGCAGAGGCUGUUAAUGUUAGCGACUCCUGA